CGUCAUUGAGAGUCCAAGAAGUGUAUUGCGUAUUUUCAAAAUUACCUACGCUUGCACCAGUAUUUGACAGGCUUGCUAUGAACCCUCGAGCGCGGAUGCUGGUGGUGGUGCUGGCGGGAGUUGCGCUCCGUCUGUUGCGGCCGCCGGCGGCGCUUGGUUCCGUCGAGGUCAUGAAAGACGUCACGCUCGGCUUCGGGGAGGCGCUCCAGCACUGCCGCGAGGAAAGUCAACUAAGCGAAGACAAGAUGGAAGAAUUCUAUCACUUCUGGCGCGACGAUUUCAAGUUCGAGGACCGCGAGUUGGGCUGCGCCAUAAUGUGCAUGAGCCGUUACUUCAACCUGCUCACGGACACGCAACGAAUGCACCACGACAACACCAGGGAAUUCAUCAAAUCUUUCCCUAACGGUGAAAUACUAGAACACCAAAUGGUUGAUAUAAUCCACACGUGCGAGAAGCAGCACGACGCCUCAGAGGACCACUGCUGGCGUAUCCUGCGCGUCGCCGAAUGCUUCAAGAGCACCUGCCAACAGAAUGGCAUCGCGCCUGACAUGGAAAUGCUCAUGGCGGAAUUUAUCAUGGAGGCUGAGGCGCGGUGACCACAGCACUCCAUUCUACAACACUUGCUAGCUAGGUCUGAACAUGGGUGAUUUAGAAUUAGACUUUGGAUUGAAGUAUAAGUUCUUGCCGUUUAAAGUUGGGUCACGGUCUGGUUGUGGAGAGACUCGCAAUUGGUUUGUUUGUUUAUCCAUGUUCCGACGUAGCCAACAAAGAACUACACACCUAUUGACUGCGAAUGAAUACAUUGGAAUUUAUUUUUUAGAUUAAUAACGUAGAAUAAGGUUUAGUCGUAGGCACACUUGGAAUACAACAUAAAUCUCUCGAUUGCGAUGAGCUGCAAGAGAAAUUCCAUGGAUGGAGGCGAUGGGCCACUCGGACAGUGCAGCGCGGGCGAAGGGCACACAACGACGGACGCUUUUGGCAAACGGACUCCGAUUACCAUACCCGUUUAAUAAUUUGUAGAGUACGCUUUUUUAUAAAAUGUAUAAAAUAAAAUGUAAGA